CCUCUUACAGCGCUUAGUCAACAUGGCCAGUGCGGUGUGUGCCAGAUUCCUCCUUCAGAGAUCAACACAGGGCUUUCUCUUCUCCAGGGCAGUGCCCCUCUCAAGCCCAUUCCUGUCUCGUGCGCAUAGAUUGGGUCCCAGCGAUGAUGAAAUGUACCAGCGCACCACAGUGUCCGUCAUGCAGAAGGAGCCAGGAGGAGCGGUCAUGAUCCACAGCUACAGUUCUCAAGGAUUCAACAUUGAUGGCAACAAGGUGUUUGGGCCCUGCGCUGUGCUGCCUCCUGCCAUCCUCCAGUGGAACGUCGGCAGUCAUGAAGACAUCACAGAAGAAAGUGUCUCACUUUUCCACAUGGUUGAACCAAAAAUAGAGAUUCUUGUGCUGGGCACAGGUGCCCGGCUUGAACGAAUCAACCCCUCAGUCCUUGCUCUGCUCAGGAGAAAAGGCAUUGCUGUGGAGGUGCAAGACACGCCAAAUGCAUGUGCAACCUUCAACUUCCUGACCAGUGAGCGACGAGUGGCAGCCGCCGGUCUGAUCCCUCCACCAAUCAGCACGGCACUGGAUUUGACACAGGAAUAAGUGUUGUGAUGCCAACAGAAACUGGGACUGAUUUCUGCAGAUGUAGGAUAGAGGUUUGUGACUGAUCUCAGGCCUGCUGGAGGGAUGGUUGUUCUGCUUCUGCACGAAGCUUCCAAAGGAACAAAUGCAGUGACAUCCAGCUCUGAAGAAACUCACUACUGUAUGUUUAGUUACAGGUAUUAUUUUCUGGAGAUUAAGGUGUUAAAAGGAGCCCAUUCUUGUGCACAAAGGAUAUAUUUAAAAGCUUCCUAUGCAAGAAAGAAUAACUGUCAUGAAUUCAAAGUGUUUUCAUGCAUAGCACAAAUGUAUGACAACACCUAUGGAAUAUUUAUUAUUUUGCAAGACGUCAGAUAAAAGAAAUCUGUAUGUAUAAAAGAAAGAAUUCUCCGGUCUGAGUAUGUCCCAGCCCCUCCACCCAAGGUGUUGGUAGUGACUGUCCUUCAUCUGGCUAAGCCUCUUUACUCCGUGCGUCCUCUGCCCCCAGCAGCGCCGCCGCCAACAAGCUGCCUGUGUGCAGCACAUGACAUCAUUCAGUGGCUUUGUCCUUCUCACACAUAAGCUCCAUAGAUAAGCGAAUCCACAAAUCCUCUGCACAUCAUCUCUAAUCAUCUGCCUCUGCGCCACAUGCCCAGAGAGCUGUAUAAUUACUUUUCACCUGAACGUUUGUGCCACUGAUUGAUGCUUUAAGGAAAAAACAAGAAGAUUUCCAGUCACACUGGCUCCAGUUAAAUCUUUGUCCAGUUAUGUAAAAUGAUGCAUUCAGCUACCUCAGAGUUGAUGAGUUGUUAGGCGAAGAUGACAGGAAUUAUGUAAGAAGCUUAUUUCAGAUUUUCACAAAGCCAUUGUGCUCAGGAUUUGGCUUUGAUGGUGUGAACAAUAAAACCUCAGAACUGUGUAGCACAAAAAAAGGUUGUGUUGAUGGUAACAGG